UUGUCAUCACUCUAUAGUGUUAUGAUUUCGUUGAGGCACGUUUAGUUAAAUAAUACCUUUGUAAAGUAUUCAAAACAUAUUUUAUUCUUUUUCAUAUAUGUAAGGUUUAAAUUAGUUUAGAUUAAUGCAAGAUGGUCUUUUACUUCACGAGUGCCGUUGCCAGUCCUCCAUUUACUAUCUACAUGGGGAAAGAUAAAUAUGAAAAUGAAGAUCUCAUCAAAUAUGGAUGGCCUGAAGACAUCUGGUUUCAUGUAGAUAAACUCUCUUCUGCCCAUGUGUACUUGAGAAUGCCUAAGGGACUGACAAUUGAGGAUAUUCCCAAGGAAGUAUUGGUUGACUGUGCACAGCUUGUAAAAAACAACAGCAUCCAAGGUUGUAAAAUGAACAACAUCAAUGUCGUCUACACACCAUGGGCCAACCUUAAGAAAACAGGAGACAUGGACGUAGGCCAAAUAGGUUUUCAUCGACACAAGGAGGUGAAGACUGUGACAGUAGAGAAGAAAGUUAAUGAGAUUGUGAACAGGUUGGAGAAAACAAAAGACGAGCGGUACCCUGAUCUAGCAGCCGAGAAAGAGUCUCGAGACAGGGAGGAGAGAAAUGAGAAAAAGGCCCAGAUCCAAGAUUUGAAAAAGAAAGAGAAAGAUGAUAUAAAAAAGAAAAGGGAGCUGGAGGAGCUCAAGAGUUAUUCUUCACUGAUGACUAGUGACAAUAUGACAACGAAUGAGGAUGGAAAUGAUUCUGAUGACUUCAUGUAAAGAUAGAAUAUUGGACUUUGGGCUGACACCAUCACCGGCUGCAAGUAAACAUUGUUGGGUUGCCCUCACACUGUUAUUGGACAGUUGAUAGGUUGAAACACUUUCUACUGUAUUUUUGGGAACUGUAUUUGUGCCAGUUAUGCACAAUUUCAGGUCUAACUCAGAACAGGUUGGUUUCCCUGCCCUUCUUGAAUCUGAAAGGAUAACAUUCUCAGUGUGGGUGUCUUAUACUUUGUCUUCUGCUUGACGAGAGAGUAGUAGCAACUUCAUAUAUGUUCACUAAUUCUAUGCUCUAAUCCAAUGUUUUUGGAUGUUGGCCUAAUGAUACCAAUUACUAUAUAUGAUCUGACAAGUAUGUAUAACUAUGGGUGAAAUAAACGUAUCAGUUUGCUGGUCAAUGCUACAGACAGUGUCCUGUCCUUAGGCUGGACCAUAUGAACUGUGGCUUUAUCAGGCCAUGCAUGAAAAGAUGUAGCUUAGAUGUUGCUUUGUAAUACAAAAACUGCUGAUGUUCUGAAUAAAAAUUCCCUUUUUCUAUCCAU